AUGAGUUACAGCUAAAGAGUCACGAGCCGAGCUCAAAAGUGCUUACCUCAGCACCAUCCAUGAGGUGCCCGCCCGAGGUGGAUCUCGCUCACCGUAAACCUCAGGCACCAACCUCAGCUCCACCCACAGAAAAAACCUAACCCUAGAAGCGAAAUUCCUCGAAACAAGUGUACUGCACUUCGAUACUCUAUCACCAUUUGGCAACGACUGACCGACUCGACCACCAACGACGCCGUCAACAUGCCGAGCCACAAGUCUUUCCGAACCAAGCAGAAGCUUGCCAAGGCCCAGAAGCAGAACCGCCCUGUGCCUCAAUGGAUUCGCCUCCGAACUGGCAACACCAUCCGCUACAACGCUAAGCGAAGGCAUUGGCGCAAGACCCGCAUCGGUAUCUAAGCUGAUAGUCCAGCUGUUACCUGCCCCCAAAGCCCAGCAACCGACUUUUCUCUCUCUUGGGCAUGGUAUCGCGAUGAUUGACGUGAACGGAAAAGGGGAGGAACGAUAUUGUUGUGGCGUAAACUGAACUAAGAGGCCGUGUCUGCACUGCACUGCGCGUGCGCACGGGGGCGAUGGGCCGGUUGCCUGGUUUAUCGAUUAUUGCCGGUUACUGCAUGUCACGGACGGUCAUAGGGGAAAAAAAAAGGAAUGCAAAGACUUUGAUGCCCCAAGAAAGAAAACGGGCCUGAACUACAUGGAUGCAGACUAUCUUGCCUGUGAACGACGACAACGCAAACGUCGGCUCUCGUGUGCUGUCUUUAUUACCAGCAGACUGUAUGGUGUUGUGCUAGUCUUCAAGUAGCCAAAUGAACGAAUCAUGCCCCAACCCGCAAAUCCCACUUUCACCAACGCAUCCAUCACAGAUUUCGAGCUGACCACUGCAUAGCUGAACGUCUUGAUAACGCCGGGUUUGAUGGCAAUCAUAAAUUGAAGUCCUAAGCCAAGUCGAAAUGACUUUCUACCAGUGCUUCCAAGUGUAGGAUUUGAAGCUGUGUUCAACUACUGCAGGACGAGAUCCAUCCCGUAGAGAGCCUGCCUCGGACAAUAUCAUGUUACCGU